AUGCGCUGUCUGGUCUGCACAAUGGCUGUACCAUUUAUCUUUAUUGCUUUAGCUACUGCUAAAAUGUUUGAUUUUAUUCAGCUACUAUUUGGAGAGAACAAUAAUACAAAAAAAGACGUCCCAAAAACUGACGACUCAGAGAACGACAACAUGAAUGAAGAAGCACUUAGAACCAUCCUUCCAGAUGCUUCUAAAAAGGAUAUUGAAAAGUAUGUUCAACAACUUAAUGACAUCGAAGACUUUGAUCCCGUGCUGGUAAUUUCUCCGGAUCAUAAUUGGAUACAUCAACACUCUUUUCAAAACUAUCAAACAGUCAUGAACGCAUUUGCGACCGAUAGUCUCCAACCAAGCCGUCGAAGAGAUAAAAGUUCAUUCUGCGUAUUUCAUUUCUCAGAUAUGACCGAACUUUAUGACGUACGCGAAAACAUCCGCACACUAUACCCCCAUGCAUUCUUCAACUCUCAUGCUCAACCUCCGCAGCCACCAAUUGGUACUGCGUGGAUACUUGUUAAGAUAGGAGUGCAAAAAAGUGAUUAUGUUUGA